UUUUAUGCGUCAUUAAAAGCGGAAGGGUGGUCAACGUAACGGACAUCUUGUCAGCUCAGAAAUUACUUUUUACUUUUAUUUUAAUUGAGCACAGACGUGCUUACUUGUUUGUCCGCAGCGCUGGUAGUCGAACAGCCGAGUGUCUCGGUGUAUGGGAACCGCUGAGCGCGCUGAAGCGAGUGUUCGUUAGUGUUUGUCGCUCAGUAUCGGUAUCGGCGCCGCUUUGGAGUGGUGGAGCUCCGGUUACUCUAACCGACACACGCAGUGCUCAGAUGGCGCUUAAACGAAUCCAAAAGGAAUUGACUGACUUGGCCCGUGACCCUCCAGCACAAUGUUCAGCAGGCCCUGUGGGGGAUGAUGUGUUUCAUUGGCAGGCUACAAUCAUGGGCCCUAACGAGAGCCCAUAUCAGGGUGGUGUUUUCUUCCUGACUAUACACUUCCCAACAGACUACCCCUUCAAACCCCCAAAGGUUGCAUUCACCACAAGAAUCUACCACCCAAAUAUUAACAGUAAUGGGAGCAUUUGUUUGGAUAUCCUCAGGUCCCAGUGGUCCCCUGCACUUACAAUUUCUAAAGUUCUCCUCUCCAUCUGCUCACUCUUAUGUGACCCUAACCCAGAUGAUCCUCUUGUGCCAGAAAUUGCACGAAUCUACAAAACAGACACAGAGAAGUACAAUAAAAUGGCAAGAGAAUGGACAGAGAAAUACGCCAUGCUGUAGGCGAGGGAUACAACAGAAUAGCGCGGGAAUGGACGCAGAAAUAUGCCAUGUGAUGUUGGCAGGACACAUUUACAAACUGUUGUUUAUGCUCUCGUGUUUGGACACUGUCUUAAGGCCAUUUUAUCCCGUCUUCUGGAGGAACAGUCCCGGUUAUCUGCUCAAACAAGACUACAGCAAAACCUGCAGGAAUCGCCACAGUUUACGGUUCUAAUCUGGAUCUCAUCCACCCAGUGGAAUCUUUUUUUUGUUUGGUUUGUUUUGUUUCUUCUGCUUCCUGCUUUUCUGCCUUGUGGUCCAUGUGUCCAGUCAUUUUCUCUGACCUCUCACCUCGUGCCACCUCUGUGUGACCGCAGUACUGGCCUACUCAGGGAGAGGGAGUUUGACUGUGGGCUGUGCUGCUUCUUCAGGGCUGUAUUCUUGCAAUGCAUGUCAUCACAGGGUGCUGGGUCAUUUUGCACAGCAGUGGCAUUUAUAAAUCUGAUUCCUCUGUUAAAUCAUUAAGGUCUAGAUCCUCUCUUGGUCCAGAGUUCACAGCUGUGGCAAUACAAUGCAACUCAAUUGGCUUAGAUGUCCUGCUACUUUUAUUUUCCCCCCUCAAUAAAGUUGUGUAACUCAUAUUA